UCGCAGGGCAGGGACUCCGCCGUCAGCGCCAUGGCUGCCAGUGCUUCUGCGCUUGCUCGCUCCCUGCUUGCUGCCCUUCUGGUGCCCGCGCUUGUGGCACUACUGGUGUCGCCGGCCUGGGGUCGCGGAGGCCGGGACCACGGGGACUGGGACGUGGACAGGCGACUGCCUCCGCUGCCACCCCGCGAGGACGCGCCGCGCAUGGCCCGCUUCGUGACUCACGUCUCCGACUGGGGCUCGCUGGCCACUAUCUCCACGAUAAAGGAGGUGCGGGGCAGGCCCUUCGCGGACAUCAUCUCAAUUAGUGACGGUCCUCCGGGAAAAGGCACAGGCGAGCCCUACAUGUACCUGAGUCCACUGCAGCAAGCAGUGAACGACUUGCAGGAAAAUCCAGAGGCUACACUGACUAUGUCUUUGGCACAGACUGUCUACUGUAGGAACCAAGGAUUUGAUCCUCAGAGUCCCCUGUGUGUGCAUAUAAUGAUGUCAGGAACUGUGACCAAGGUGAAUGAGACGGAAGAGGACUACGCAAGGAAUUCGCUAUUUGUUCGACACCCUGAGAUGAAACACUGGCCUUCCAGCCAUGAGUGGUUCUUUGCUAAAUUAAAAAUAAGCAAUAUCUGGGUCUUGGACUACUUUGGUGGACCUAAGGUAGUGACACCUGAAGACUAUUUUAACGUCACACUGCAGUGAAGCAGAAUGUGGUGAACUGAAUCACACCAGCAAAGUGUCUUCGAAGGCUCAUGCACACUUAAAAGGGCUUGACCCUGCCUGGGACUUCCCCAGGUUGUCAGCUCACUCUGCCGCCUCUUGUUUCGAUUUUGCUUGUGUUAACAGUGUUGUUCAUCAGAAGAUGUGGUUGCUGGAUUUAAAAAAAAAGUAUUUUGAAGCCAUUUUUAGAGAAAAAUGCCCUUCAUUUUAAUCAAGGAUGUUUUCUUUCAGCCAUUCCUGGUGGCUUUUCCUCAGUGGUGUCCACAGAAGGGCACCAUAGAUUAGAUUGCCCAUUGGCACUGAAGGUACAGAGGUACAGGCGCUUUAUUCCUGAUGGCCACUGUGCCUGAAGGGUGCUGUCCUCACACAGCUGCCUCAGGAGCCUGUGCAGAGGGGCCUAGAGUAGGGGACCCUGGGCAGAGCAUUGGUACCGGAUACAGAGUGUCCGAAUGAAUCCUUUAGUCAAGGACAGCAGUGACCACAGAUGGAACCUCCCACUCACGUCCACCUGUGUGGCUGAUCCAGCACAAGGCAAAACUCGGUCUUCUAUAAAACUCCAUAAAUGUCUUAUAUCCUAAAGUCAUAGUUACCCCGAACAAAGUAAGUCAAGAAGAUUUUCCUACAUCCAUUUUCCAUCUAAGUAGACUGUAGUCAUUCCUCACCCUUCAAAACACACACACACACACACACACACACACACACACGAGGAGCUGGGGGGUGCAGCUUUCUUGGUAGAGUGCUUGUCUAGCAUGAAUGAGACCUUAGAUCUCUUCCCCAGCAUUGAAACAAAAACCAACCAAAAAUAACAUUUUUAUUUUCAUGAAAAAGGAAUUGCAGGAAUUUUACAUAUGUUGGGUUCUUUUUUUUGUAAGACUUGACCCAGCACCAACCAUAAUCCAAGCCCUCCUCGGAGUUUCUGUAUCUCGAGGCUCCUGGUGCUGCAGCCUGAGUCCUCUGUGGGACCACGGUACCAUGGCAUAAAAACAAACAACAACAACAACAACAACAUGUUUCUGGCCUAGAGGGAUGGCUCAGCAUUCAAGAAGAUUGAAUGCUUUAACAGGGACCCAAGUUCAGUUCCUGUUGCUGGAGUCAGAUAGGCACAAUUACCUAUAACUCCAGCUCCAGGAAAUCAAAUACCUCUAGUCUGAGGUCACCUGUACUCAAGUGCACAUACUCACACACAGACACAUAAUUUAAAACAAUACAUCUUUCUUUUUUUCAGAAGAGGUACUACUUAGUUUUAUUACGUGUAUUCAUGCUCUUGGAAGAUCUAAGAUUCCUUUUAAUAGAGUGAGGGAUGAAGCCACUGACUUCUUAAACAUCAAAAGAGUUAAAUAUGAGCCAUCAUGUUGGAGAAAGAGAAACCCAGCAAAUGACUUCUCAGUAAAAACCCGCUAAACAGUAAGAAUCUUGUUUUUCAAAUCAAGAAUUAAAAGCAUCAUUCUAACAAGG